AUGCCAAUCACUAAGUACAUAGUUUCUGAUCAAAUGAAUCAAACAGAUCAAAAAUGUAACAACAAUUCAAAAAAAUAAAAGUCUAAAAAGGCUGAAAUACCAUCUUUCCCUCAAUAAGUAAUGAAUCUCCUAAGCGAUCCAGAUCCUCUUCCAAUCACUGAUGAUAUAGUUGAUUGCCUUGAAAAAAAAAUCACUCAAUGGCUAGAUGCCAACAAUAUAAUAUAGGUAAAUCCCAUAGAAAAAUAAUAUGAGUAUUACAAAGAAAGAAAAAUGGGUAUAAUUAGUCUUAAAUAGAGGAAUUCCUCACCAAAUGACAAUGCCAAAAACGCUAUAGCUUUUUCUAGAUAAACAGAAGAAGAAAUUAAUACUUCUCUCAAACAUCCUUCUCCAGUCACUUUAAGCUUAGGAAAAAACAACUUACUAAUGAACAGAAAAACAAGGGCUAACACAAUUAAGCUUGUCAAUAAAGAAAAUAUGUGA